AUGUUUAAAUAACCUCCAUAGUUGCAUAUAAAAUAACAAGAAAAACUAGGAACAAAUCAUUAGUUUAAUUUUAAUUCUUUGAGAGACUUGUAGAAGAAUACGAAUGAAAAAAGAACUUCAAAGUAAAAUUUUUAAAGUAUAUUUGACAAUAUAAUUACUCUAUUAAAGGAACUUAGAGUUAGAUAAUAAUAAAUCUAAUCCUAUGUUUAAAAUGAAAUAAUUGAUAUGAAUUAGAAAUUAGAUCAGGCUUCAAAAUAACUAUUAUUGGCUAUUGAACAAUAUCAAUAGGGCGAAAAAGAAGAAAAUCAUUUAGAGUCCACCUUAAAUUCCUCAAAAUAACAUUUUUUUAACUAAUAAUCAUAAAAUCCAACGAACAACAAGGAGAUAAUACAAAUUAAAUUAUAAUAAUAAGACUCUCAUUCAAUAUCUUCAAGCUCAUCUAAAUUUUUCAUAAACAAAAAUGUUAUCGAAAAUUCAUAAAUAAAUCAAUCAUCUCAAAGUUUAAUGAAGCCAAAUCUAAUGCAAAUAUAUACAAAAUCUAAGCACGGAGAUUUUUUUGAUUAAAUAACAAACAUAAAUAAACAAACACAAAAUCCAAUUAGCGAAAAAACCUAAAAUAAAAAUAGCAAUGUAGGAUUUCUUCAUAAUCUUAUCAACUCACAGAAACCUAAAGAUACAGCAAUUAAGAAUAAAACCAAUAUCACAGAAGAAAAUUAAGAUAAUUCGCUUCUUAAAACUUAAUAUGCUAAUUAGUCAAGUUGCUAUUAUUGCGGGAAGGCUUUUGAUUCUGAAUUUAUAUUAACUCCUUGUUAUCAUAAUUAUCAUGAUCCGUGCUUAAGAGAACAUUAUGAAUUAUUAUUAAAAGAAUAUAAGAAUUAAAAAUAAAUAGUUUGUAUGUGUAAGAUGAAAUUGCCAUAGCUGUUUAUUAGUCGGAGUUUAAAAGUUAAUUUGGAGAGCUUACUCUAAAAAUAAGUAGAGGUAAUAAAAGAGAAAAUAAAAAGUUAAAUAGACUGGUGUGUAAAAUGUAAGUUUUUCUGGAUAAGAAGAAUGAGUGACACUUAUACUAGGUAAUGUAAAAUGUGUGAUUAAAAUGGAGUCAUCAUCAUAAAGUCUAAAUGA